AUGCUCGAUCCAUUCGGUGUCGAGCGCACGGUGUACGCGAUGUUGUACGCGUACGUUGCGGAUCACCCGGAGGCAUGCAAGGUGGCUGGAACUUUCGCCAGCCAUAAGGCAAAGUUUCCAUGCCACAGAUUGUUUUCCAUUCUCCCCCUCACGUGUUAUUUCUCUGUCUUUGCCACCACUGCCCUCCCCCUCACAUGUUCUUUCUCUGUCUUUGCCACCACUGCCCUCCCCCUCACAUGUUCUUUCUCUGUCUUUGCCACCGCUGCCCUCCCCCUCACGUGCUGUCUCUAUGUACUUGCCACCGCUGGCCUCCCCUUCACAUAUUCUCCCUCUAUACUUGCCACCGCUGCCCUCCCCCUCACAUGUUCUUUCUCUGUAUUUGCCACCACUGCCCUCCUCCUCACAUGUUCUUUCUCUGUCUUUGCCACCGCUGCCCUCCCCCUCACAUGUUCUUUCUCUGUCUUUGCCACCGCUGCCCUCCCCCUCACAUGUUAUCCAUAUGCCGCCAUUUGGGGCUUUGCGCUCGGGCUCACAGAUGUUGGUAACCCAUAUCGUGCCAUUCUUGUUGAGCUUGGGGCAGCCCACGGUGCCUCGCAUCCCAUCCCUCUCAUCCCCCCACCUCCUUGUUCCCUCUGCAGCUUGGGGCAGCCCACGGUGCCUCCCAUCCCAUCCCUCUCAUCCCCCCACCUCCUUGUUCCCUCUGCAGCUUGGGGCAGCCCACGGUGCCUCGCAUCCCAUCCCUCUCAUCCCCCCACCUCCUUGUUCCCUCUGCAGCUUGGGGCAGCCCACGGUGCCUCGCAUCCCAUCCCUCUCAUCCCCCCACCUCCUUGUUCCCUCUGCAGCUUGGGGCAGCCCACGGUGCCUCGCAUCCCAUCCCUCUCAUCCCCCCGCCUCCUUGUUCCCUCUGCAGCUUGGGGCAGCCCACGGUGCCUCGCAUCCCAUCCCUCUCAUCCCCCCGCCUCCUUGUUCCCUCUGCAGCUUGGGGCAGCCCACGGUGCCUCGCAUCCCAUCCCUCUCAUCCCCCCACCUCCUUGUUCCCUCUGCAGCUUGGGGCAGCCCACGGUGCCUCGCAUCCCAUCCCUCUCAUCCCCCCACCUCCUUGUUCCCUCUGCAGCUUGGGGCAGCCCACGGUGCCUCGCAUCCCAUCCCUCUCAUCCCCCCACCUCCUUGUUCCCUCUGCAGCUUGGGGCAGCCCACGGUGCCUCGCAUCCCAUGCCUCUCAUCCCCCCACCUCCUUGUUCCCUCUGCAGCUUGGGGCAGCCCACGGUGCCUCGCAUCCCAUGCCUCUCAUCCCCCCACCUCCUUGUUCCCUCUGCAGCUUGGGGCAGCCCACGGUGCCUCGCAUCCCAUGCCUCUCAUCCCCCCCUCAUCCCCCCGCCUCCUUGUUCCCUCUGCAGCUUGGGGCAGCCCACGGUGCCUCGCAUCCCAUGCCUCUCAUCCCCCCGCCUCCUUGUUCCCUCUGCAGCUUGGGGCAGCCCACGGUGCCUCGCAUCCCAUGCCUCUCAUCCCCCCGCCUCCUUGUUCCCUCUGCAGCUUGGGGCAGCCCACGGUGCCUCGCAUCCCAUGCCUCUCACCCCCCCGCCUCCUUGUUCCCUCUGCAGCUUGGGGCAGCCCACGGUGCCUCGCAUCCCAUGCCUCUCAUCCCCCCGCCUCCUUGUUCCCUCUGCAGCUUGGGGCAGCCCACGGUGCCUCGCAUCCCAUGCCUCUCAUCCCCCCGCCUCCUUGUUCCCUCUGCAGCUUGGGGCAGCCCACGGUGCCUCGCAUCCCAUGCCUCUCACCCCCCCGCCUCCUUGUUCCCUCUGCAGCUUGGGGCAGCCCACGGUGCCUCGCAUCCCAUGCCUCUCACCCCCCCGCCUCCUUGUUCCCUCUGCAGCUUGGGGCAGCCCACGGUGCCUCGCAUCCCAUGCCUCUCAUCCCCCCGCCUCCUUGUUCCCUCUGCAGCUUGGGGCAGCCCACGGUGCCUCGCAUCCCAUGCCUCUCAUCCCCCCGCCUCCUUGUUCCCUCUGCAGCUUGGGGCAGCCCACGGUGCCUCGCAUCCCAUGCCUCUCAUCCCCCCGCCUCCUUGUUCCCUCUGCAGCUUGGGGCAGCCCACGGUGCCUCGCAUCCCAUGCCUCUCACCCCCCCGCCUCCUUGUUCCCUCUGCAGCUUGGGGCAGCCCACGGUGCCUCGCAUCCCAUGCCUCUCAUCCCCCCGCCUCCUUGUUCCCUCUGCAGCUUGGGGCAGCCCACGGUGCCUCGCAUCCCAUGCCUCUCAUCCCCCCGCCUCCUUGUUCCCUCUGCAGCUUGGGGCAGCCCACGGUGCCUCGCAUCCCAUGCCUCUCAUCCCCCCGCCUCCUUGUUCCCUCUGCAGCUUGGGGCAGCCCACGGUGCCUCGCAUCCCAUGCCUCUCAUCCCCCCGCCUCCUUGUUCCCUCUGCAGCUUGGGGCAGCCCACGGUGCCUCGCAUCCCAUGCCUCUCAUCCCCCCGCCUCCUUGUUCCCUCUGCAGCUUGGGGCAGCCCACGGUGCCUCGCAUCCCAUGCCUCUCAUCCCCCCGCCUCCUUGUUCCCUCUGCAGCUUGGGGCAGCCCACGGUGCCUCGCAUCCCAUCCCUCUCAUCCCCCCGCCUCCUUGUUCCCUCUGCAGCUUGGGGCAGCCCACGGUGCCUCGCAUCCCAUGCCUCUCAUCCCCCCGCCUCCUUGUUCCCUCUGCAGCUUGGGGCAGCCCACGGUGCCUCGCAUCCCAUGCCUCUCAUCCCCCCGCCUCCUUGUUCCCUCUGCAGCUUGGGGCAGCCCACGGUGCCUCGCAUCCCAUGCCUCUCAUCCCCCCGCCUCCUUGUUCCCUCUGCAGCUUGGGGCAGCCCACGGUGCCUCGCAUCCCAUGCCUCUCAUCCCCCCGCCUCCUUGUUCCCUCUGCAGCUUGGGGCAGCCCACGGUGCCUCGCAUCCCAUGCCUCUCAUCCCCCCGCCUCCUUGUUCCCUCUGCAGCUUGGGGCAGCCCACGGUGCCUCGCAUCCCAUGCCUCUCAUCCCCCCGCCUCCUUGUUCCCUCUGCAGCUUGGGGCAGCCCACGGUGCCUCGCAUCCCAUGCCUCUCAUCCCCCCGCCUCCUUGUUCCCUCUGCAGCUUGGGGCAGCCCACGGUGCCUCGCAUCCCAUGCCUCUCAUCCCCCCGCCUCCUUGUUCCCUCUGCAGCUUGGGGCAGCCCACGGUGCCUCGCAUCCCAUGCCUCUCAUCCCCCCGCCUCCUUGUUCCCUCUGCAGCUUGGGGCAGCCCACGGUGCCUCGCAUCCCAUGCCUCUCAUCCCCCCGCCUCCUUGUUCCCUCUGCAGCUUGGGGCAGCCCACGGUGCCUCGCAUCCCAUGCCUCUCAUCCCCCCGCCUCCUUGUUCCCUCUGCAGCUUGGGGCAGCCCACGGUGCCUCGCAUCCCAUGCCUCUCAUCCCCCCGCCUCCUUGUUCCCUCUGCAGCUUGGGGCAGCCCACGGUGCCUCGCAUCCCAUGCCUCUCAUCCCCCCGCCUCCUUGUUCCCUCUGCAGCUUGGGGCAGCCCACGGUGCCUCGCAUCCCAUGCCUCUCAUCCCCCCGCCUCCUUGUUCCCUCUGCAGCUUGGGGCAGCCCACGGUGCCUCGCAUCCCAUGCCUCUCAUCCCCCCGCCUCCUUGUUCCCUCUGCAGCUUGGGGCAGCCCACGGUGCCUCGCAUCCCAUGCCUCUCAUCCCCCCGCCUCCUUGUUCCCUCUGCAGCUUGGGGCAGCCCACGGUGCCUCGCAUCCCAUGCCUCUCAUCCCCCCGCCUCCUUGUUCCCUCUGCAGCUUGGGGCAGCCCACGGUGCCUCGCAUCCCAUGCCUCUCAUCCCCCCGCCUCCUUGUUCCCUCUGCAGCUUGGGGCAGCCCACGGUGCCUCGCAUCCCAUGCCUCUCAUCCCCCCGCCUCCUUGUUCCCUCUGCAGCUUGGGGCAGCCCACGGUGCCUCGCAUCCCAUGCCUCUCAUCCCCCCGCCUCCUUGUUCCCUCUGCAGCUUGGGGCAGCCCACGGUGCCUCGCAUCCCAUGCCUCUCAUCCCCCCGCCUCCUUGUUCCCUCUGCAGCUUGGGGCAGCCCACGGUGCCUCGCAUCCCAUGCCUCUCAUCCCCCCGCCUCCUUGUUCCCUCUGCAGCUUGGGGCAGCCCACGGUGCCUCGCAUCCCAUGCCUCUCAUCCCCCCGCCUCCUUGUUCCCUCUGCAGCUUGGGGCAGCCCACGGUGCCUCGCAUCCCAUGCCUCUCAUCCCCCCGCCUCCUUGUUCCCUCUGCAGCUUGGGGCAGCCCACGGUGCCUCGCAUCCCAUGCCUCUCAUCCCCCCGCCUCCUUGUUCCCUCUGCAGCUUGGGGCAGCCCACGGUGCCUCGCAUCCCAUGCCUCUCAUCCCCCCGCCUCCUUGUUCCCUCUGCAGCUUGGGGCAGCCCACGGUGCCUCGCAUCCCAUCCCUCUCAUCCCCCCGCCUCCUUGUUCUCUCUGCAGCUUGGGGCAGCCCACGGUGCCUCGCAUCCCAUCCCUCUCAUCCCCCCACCUCCUUGUUCCCUCUGCAGCUUGGGGCAGCCCACGGUGCCUCGCAUCCCAUGCCUCUCAUCCCCCUACCUCCUUGUUCCCUCUGCAGCUUGGGGCAGCCCACGGUGCCUCGCAUCCCAUCUCUCUCUAA